AUCCUGAUGAAAACCCCUGAUUAGUGCAGCAGAUUGGAGAACUUUGAUAACAGUUACUUUGUUCUUUGCUCGCAUUACAUUGCAAGUGCAACAGACAACAACGUCCAACCAGUAAUUCCUCUUCGCCCCACCAUCACCAAUGCGUCGAUUCGAUGGAAAAGUUGCUAUUGUGACAGGUUCUUCUUCUGGAAUCGGAGCUGGAACAGCAUUGCUAUUUGCAAAAGAGGGCGCAAGAGUAACCAUCACAUCGAACAAAACCGAAGAGCUUGAGGCAACAAGACAGUCUAUAAUCAAAGACUCUGGAUGCAAGGAAGACGACAUUCUUGCCAUACCUGGCGAUAUUCUCGACGAUACUGUGAAAGAAAAGAUCGUAUCGGAUACGGUAGCUAAAUGGGGCAGGAUCGAUAUACUGGUAAAUAACGUUGGAGGAAUGUUACCUGAUGAAAAUGGAUCAUGCGGUUUGUCGGGAGAUAUCAGCUACUUGAAGAAGACAAUGGAUCUGAAUACUUAUAGCGCAGUUCAAAUGGUGAAACUAUGCCGUCCAUACUUGAUCAAGGCGAAAGGAGAGAUUGUCAACGUGUCCAGCAUUGGCGCUAUGCCAUUCGGGUGUCCACGAUGGGCCUAUUAUUCCAUGGCCAAAGCGGCACAGGACCAGCUGACUCGUGCAUUGGCAAUCGACCUCAUUGCUGAGGGAGUACGUGUAAAUGCUGUACGGCCUGGUACUACAAGGACUAACUUCUGCGUCACUGCUGGUAUGAAGCCGGGAGCAGCUGAAGAGCUGUACAAAGCUGCUGAAAGCUCACCGGAUACCCUACCUAUCAGAAAAUGUGGAGAACCAGAAGAUAUCGCAAAUCUUAUCGCAUUCUUGGCAGAUCGAAGCCAAUCACGUUAUAUGAUUGGCCAAACUGUCACUAUCGAUGGCGGUUCCAUGCUAGUCAAUUGCUCUGAUGCCACUGCAUUCAAGGAAUAAAUUCCAAACGUAGCUAUAGAGAAUGGAUUUAUAUCAAUGAAUUAAUCUGUUGUUCAUUUGAAUAAUAAAUCAAUAUCUUCGUUACAAAA